AUGACAAACCUGUGGCCUGAGUGUAAAAUUAUUCAUGGAAGGCCUCGAUACCCGCAAUCUCAAGGGAGUAUAGAGCGCUGUAAUCAAGACGUAGAAAACAUGUUGAGGGCAUGGAUGAUAGACAAUCAAAGCACUGAUUGGGGGAUGGGGUGUUAUUUUGUACAAUGGCAAAAAAAUUGCUCAAAACAUCGAAUAAUUAACAGAAGCCCUUAUAAAGCAUUAUUUGGAAGUGAACCAAAAAUAGGAUUUUCUAGCAAAAAUUUACCAAAUGAUAUCUUACAGCCGAUUACAACAGAAGAAGAUUUAAAUGAGUUAAUUAAUACUGAAGUAAGUGAUGAAGUAGAUAGUGACGAAGAAGCAGAAGAUAUGUCUAUCAUAAACAAAGAAUCUUUGUGCGACACAUGUGUAAAAGAAAAAAAAAUUCAGAACGAAAGAGUAGAAGCUUUUAAAGGACAAAAAAAAGCUGCAAAAAAAAUGAUACAAACUAGUGAUAAGAAAUUAGUUGUAAUUGAAGUUGGAAAUUACGUUUUAGUUAAUAUUCCAAAGACAACCGAUGCAGAAUUUCUUGACGAAGUACCAGAUACGAUGUUAACAUUAAGAGAAAUAGCGAAGAGACAUUCUCAAUUUGGAGGACAGGGUUAUCAAAAAUGUUUUUGCAAAACAUCGUGCAAAACAAAUAGAUGCGCUUGUCGCAAAAACAAUGUACUGUGUAGCUCAAGAUGUCACGAAAAAACUACAUGUAACAAUAAGUAA